UAUGGAUUUGCCAGAAACAUGAGAGAUGAGGGUCCAUCAACUUACGUACUUGUAGGCUACCUGUACCGUACUAGACUGCGAUUAUUUUGAUCCGUCAGGGAGCUCCGAAUCGGAUAGCUUCGAAGAUGUGAAGCUCGUUCUUCCACGUUCCGCUUCUCUCUGAAUUAUACGAAUUUCGUGUGAGACUUGAUGAACAAUUGUGAUGAAACAUUAUAUUUCCAACUGCGCAGAUCUGACAGCUCAAAAUGACUCUAGGGAAGCAUUUCAUCAAUGACGUUGGAGCUGUCGUCGAGCGGGGUUUGCGCAGUCACUUAACAAAUGACGGCAGGCUCAGAUUAAUAGAAUCAGAGAAAGUUUUGUAUUUGCAGCCAAGCUCAAGUAAUGAAAAAGUCCAUCUAAUCUCCGGCGGAGGGUCGGGCCAUGAGCCAGCCCACGCGGGAUAUGUGGGUGAUGGCAUGCUCGAUAUAUGCGUUGCUGGAAACGUCUUCGCAUCACCCUCCGCACCCCAGAUCUUGGCGGGAUUGAGAUCCUGUCCAUCAAAGAAGGGGACGCUCAUGAUAGUCAAAAACUACACAGGUGACAAACUCAACUUUGGUCUCGCAGCCGAGAAGGCGAAAGCCGGUGGACAAAAAGUCAAUGUGAUUGUGGUGGGUGAUGAUGUCGCCGUCGAAGGAAAUACACUCGUGGGGAGACGCGGCUUAGCAGGCGUGACAUUUGUGCACAAAAUCGCCGGUGCAGCAGCAGCUGAGGGGAAGUCCCUGGAAGAGGUGACGAAGAUCGCACAGCGGGUUGCGGAUAGUCUUGUCACUGCUGCAGUCAGUCUUGAUCGAUGCAGCGUCCCCUCAAGAAUAGAGCAGUCUUCACUGCCACAGACUGAAUUGGAGUUUGGCAUGGGCAUUCAUAAUGAGCCAGGGGUCAAGAGGACUGCGAUUCCACAACUACAGGAGACAAUAAAUGCACUUCUCGAUAUGCUCUUGAAGAAGAAAAACUUCUGGACCCCUGAAUCUGGUUCAAGGGUCUCUGCGAUGGUCAACAACCUUGGAGGGUUGAGCGUACUUGAACUGAGCGUAGUAUCUGAAGAGGCGAUGAAACAGCUCGCUGAACGUGGCUUGGUCAUCCGACGCAUCUUCACUGGGCCGUUUGUCACUUCUUUGGAUGCACCCGGUUUCUCUAUCACUCUGCUCGGUGUAGAUGACGAGUUAGAGAGGCUUCUCGAUGCCCCAACGUCCGCUCCGGCGUGGCCAAAGAAGAGCGGUGUUCCCUCCGAUCUAAAAACUCAGGUAGUAGAGUGUCAUACGCUUGGCCACGACGAAAUCUCACAAAAUGGUGGUCCAGAAUCCGUUUCAGAUAUUCGGCUGACCUUUGCAGUAUCAUCUACUGUCGCUACAGAAAUCAUCGAGUCCAUCGCGACAUCAGUCAAGAGAGAUGAACCUACAAUCACCCGCUACGAUACCAUUGCCGGUGAUGGUGAUUGCGGUGAAACCCUUCUUGCAGGGGCGGACUCCCUGAAGUCCAGCAUUCUACCGCUGCGCGAUGAAGGCGUGUCCCUCUCUGUGCUAUUCCAGAAGAUUGCCGCGGCAGUAGAGACGAGCAUGGGCGGUACCUCAGGGGCAAUUUACGCGAUCUUCCUCAACGCAGUGUCGAACGCCGUUGCCUCCUCUUCAACCUCGCCCGCGGCUACUCUUCCGCAAGCAUUGAGGGCCGGCCUAGAUGAGCUGUGCAAGUACACCGCCGCACGGAAAGGCCAUCGGACAUUGAUGGAUGCGCUUAUUCCGUUCGUGGACACGCUCGAACAGACGACUGAUUUCAAUCACGCAUGCGAUGCGGCUCAAUCUGGUGCUGAGUCGACGAAGAAUCUGGACGCAUUACUCGGGAGGGCAUCGUACGUUGAUAAAGGCGUCUUUGAGAAGGAAGGCGGUAUCCCUGACCCUGGAGCACUGGGGGUUGUGAGUGUGUUGAGGGGUAUCCAGAAGGGGUUGAAGAAUGGUUAG